CUGUCGCUCACACAAGCAUCGAGCCGUCCACGCAUCAGUCCAACACCAGUUAACUCACCAUGGUGCGGAUGGCCCGUGCCUUCUCAUCCUUCGACCGCGACAGCGACGGCAAGAUCUCGGCGGCCGAGCUGCGGCUCUGCGUGGAGGCGACGCUCGGCGACGGCAUAUCGGCCGAGGACGCCGCGGCGCUCGUGGAGUCGGUGGACGCGGACGGCGACGGGCUGCUCAGCGAGGAGGAGUUCCUGAAGCUGGCGGCCGAGGGGGAGGGGGGAGAAGAGGACCAGAGGCGCAGGGGUCUGUGGGACGCGUUCGGGGUGUACGAGGUGGAGGGGAGAGGGUGCAUCACGCCGGCCAGCCUGAGGCGGGCGCUGAGCCGGCUGGGCGCCAGCCGGGACGUCGGCGACUGCCGCGCCAUGAUCCAGAGGUUCGAUCUCAACGGAGUCGGGGUGCUCACCUUCGACGAGUUCGAGACCAUGAUGGACUCGUAGGGGACUCCGUUGGCGCCAACCGUGUGCGUGCUUGGUAUGCCCGGACGUGACGUCUUGCGCCUAUGACUAUGAGAGAGUCGUGUAUGUGUUGUGUCAUGUGUGUAUCGCGAUUUCUUCAAAAAUUGAAUAAGAGUAUAAAAUAUGCGAGUACUACGCGUGGUACAAGAGUAUUGUGCAUCCAAACUGUUGGAAUGGGUGGCUCCCCUCCAUGUCAUGGUUAGGGCCUCUUUGAUUUGCAUGA